AUGAACGGGUUUCCAAUGGAAAGUGGUGUUCUAGCUGGAGGUCUAGCUUCAUUUCGUCGUGCUGCCGAUGCUGCAACCCAACAAAAGUUCAUGCGAAUGCGUGUCAUCGCUCAAGGUGCCACUGUUGUAGCCAUGGCAUUGGGUGGGUUUAUCGCUAUUAAACCAGAUAAGAACAACAAGGAGCCCAGAAAUUAUUAG